AUGGAGGACACUCUACCGGGUCCAGUGGAUAACGCCGGCAUUACAUUCGGCAUUACAUUCGGCAUUACAUUCGGCAUUACAUUCGGCAUUACAUUCGGCAUUACAUUCGGCAUUACAUUCGGCAUUACAUUCGGCAUUACAUUCGGCAUUACAUUCGGCAUUACAUUCGGCAUUACAUUCGGCAUUACAUUCGGCAUUACAUUCGGCAUUACAUUCGGCAUUACAUUCGGCAUUACAUUCGGCAUUACAUUCGGCAUUACAUUCGGCAUUACAUUCGGCAUUACAUUCGGCAUUACAUUCGGCAUUACAUUCGGCAUUACAUUCGGCAUUACAUUCGGCAUUACAUUCGGCAUUACAUUCGGCAUUACAUUCGGCAUUACAUUCGGCAUUACAUUCGGCAUUACAUUCGGCAUUACAUUCGGCAUUACAUUCGGCAUUACAUUCGGCAUUACAUUCGGCAUUACAUUCGGCAUUACAUUCGGCAUUACAUUCGGCAUUACAUUCGGCAUUACAUUCGGCAUUACAUUCGGCAUUACAUUCGGCAUUACAUUCGGCAUUACAUUCGGCAUUACAUUCGGCAUUACAUUCGGCAUUACAUUCGGCAUUACAUUCGGCAUUACAUUCGGCAUUACAUUCGGCAUUACAUUCGACAUUACAUUCGGCAUUACAUUCGACAUUACAUUCGGCAUUAUGAGACUAUCCGAGCAUCGGGGCAUUAUCAGUGAUUAUGGAGCAUUAGAAAGGAAGAAAAUGAGCAUUUUGUGA